AUGUCAUCAUUAUUAGAGAGGAUAGCUGAAUUUGCAGCAGGUCCUAUUGCAGGAGGUCCACUGUUUGUGUUGGGAUUCUAUGGCCUAUUGGGACUGCAUGUUCAUGCAUAUUUCACAGUGGUAGUGCUAGUUUUAAAGAAGCGAUUAGGUGUCGUGUUUGGACUUAUAUGGGUGGCAAUGGGAUUGAUCCUAGUGUAUAAUAUUGCUUUCAACCACUUUUUUGCUACUUUUAUUAAACCUGGAAGUCCUUAAGACCUUAAGGUAAAAAUACUCUCGCUUAAUUAUUAGAAAAUCGAGUAAAUGAGAAAAGAGAAGAAGAAGAGAGAAGCUAGAAAAGGUCUGAAAACUGUAGAGAAAGAUGGGAAAAUAAAGUAUGUGGAAGAUGACAGAUUUGAGGGUAUUUCUAAGGAAGUCAAGAAACUACUCAAAUACAGAAACAAGACCAUAUCCUAGUUAGAGUAAUCAUGGACUAAGAAGUGCACUACUUGUGAUUUUGUGAAGCCAUUAAGAGCUCAUCACUGCAGCGUGUGCAAUAGAUGUGUAUUUUUGAUGGAUCAUCACUGUCCAUGGGUUAACAACUGCUUAGGUCUUGAAAACUAUAGAUACUUCCUAUUAUUUAUUCUUUACCUCAUGGUUGGAGUCAUCUAUAAUAUGAUCACAAUCGUUGCUAUUUGGAACCAUCACAUUUACAGACAGAAUCAAUCAAUGAUGAGUUUUGUGGUUAUCCUUGACUUUGCUCUUACUCUGGUAUUAUUUGGCUUUAAUGCUUGGAAUUGGUUUUUAGCUUUGACAGGCUACUCAACUAUUGAGUUCUGGGGGUCUUCUUAAAAAAGAGGUAUUGAAAAAUAUGACUACAACUUCAAAAGUAUAAGGGAUAACUUAUAUAAGACAUUCGGAACUUACUCCAUAAUUGCGAUUUUGUCUCCAUCUUUGAGAAAUAUACCAUUUAGUGGAGUCGAAUGGUCAUAUCAAAUGAGAGAUUUAGGUUAUAAUGAUAAGGGUGAGAGAGCGAUAAGAGAUGACGAAGAGGGUUAAGAAUUAAGCACUAUUAAUUCUAGUGGAAACAACCAAGACGUCACUUCCAAUAAGGUCACUGAUUCCACAUUAGAUGCUUUAGAAGAUGAGAUUCAGAUUUGA